AUCAAAAAUUUAUUGACUUUAUUAUAAUCACCAAAAAAAAUAGUUUUUUUUCUUUCGGAUUUUUCAAUGACCGCAAUCACGACAACAUCAACAACAAUGUCCGGACAAAAUAGUGGCCAAAAUCUUAUCAAAAUAGUCAACGAACUGCAGGACAAACUCCAUGAACUGGGCGUCAAUAGUCUGGCCAUAGAUUUACCUCAAAUUGCCGUAAUCGGUGGCCAAUCGGCCGGUAAGUCUUCGGUAUUGGAAGCGUUUGUUGGCCGCGAUUUUCUACCCCGUGGUUCGGGUAUUGUCACACGUCGGCCACUGGUCUUACAGUUGAUCAACGAUCGGGUUAUUAGUCAGCCUUACGGUGUUUUCACACAUUUAAAGGACAAACGAUUUCACGAUUUCAGCGAAAUAUGUCGCGAAAUAGUUGCCGAAACCGAAAGAGAGUGUCCCGAAAGUACUGGCAUAUCGGCCAAACCGAUUGGCCUAAAAAUUCAUUCACCAGACGUACUUGAUCUGACACUGGUUGACUUGCCUGGUAUGACUCGGGUGCCGAUCGGCAAACAACCGAAAGAUAUUGAAUCGCGAAUCGAGACUAUGAUACUCGAGUAUAUCGGCAAAGAUAACUGUCUAAUACUGGCCGUGACGGCCGCCAAUCAAGAUUUGGCCACAUCUGACUCACUGAAACUGGCCGAACGUGUAGAUCCGCGCGGCGAACGCACAAUAGGCAUACUAACCAAACUUGAUCGUAUGGAUGCCGGCACCGAUGCCCGCGAUAUAUUGACAGGCAAUUACGGUAUCAAUUUGAAACGUGGUUUUAUCGGUGUAGUCAAUCGAUCGCAACAGGACAUCGAUGCCCGCAAAUCGAUGACCAGUGCCUUAGAUGAUGAACAGCGAUAUUUUCGUCAGCAUCCGGCCUACAGAGAUCUGGCCGAUCGGCUCGGCGUACGCUAUUUGCAACAAUAUUUGCACAAAGAACUGGCCGAACAUAUCUACCGAUUGCUGCCGCCGCUGGUCAAACAAUUUGACGAAGAGCUGUCCGAAAUUGACCAGAAAUUGGACGCCGUUUCUGUACAGUUGGUUGAAUCGGAUCGCGAAAUGAUUUUGGCCAAAACUAAUGAAGACUAUCGACGAAAGUUUGAGUCGGCAAUCGGUGGCCUUGGCUGGCAUAUCGAUGUCAAACGGCUGAGCGGCGGCGCCAAAAUCAAUGUAGUUAUGAACGAAACCUACGGCCAGGACGUGGACAGUGUAUUCAGCGAUGAAACUCAGAUCCGACGGGACAUAACCACUGCCAUACAGAACUAUAACGGCGUCUAUUUGGGUAUCUUUCCUCCCGAUGCCGCCUUCAGGGCCUGUGUUUUGCAUCAAAUCGAGCUGUUCCGGCGGCCAUCGCUCGCUUGUGUCGAUUCUGUAGCCCUGGAGAUCACAAAUAUUGUCAAACGUAGCGCCAAUUUGCUGGAAACCUAUCCGACAAUUAAGGAAAUAUAUGCCAAACUGAGUCUGGAUUACAUACAGGAGUGCCGUAAACGAUGCAAAUCCUAUGUCGAGCACUUCCUGCGCACGGAAAUGGCUUAUCUGAACACCAAUCACGAGGACUUUGUCAAAAUGGCCAGUGGAAUUAAUUUUAGCGAUUAUAGCACCGACAGUGUAUCAGUCAAACCUCCAUCAACUGGUGUCACACCUCCUCCACAGAUCACUGAUCGUCCGAUAGCUGCCUCACGUGUCGUGAACACUGGUAGCUCAGGUGGCAGAGGCGGCGGCACCGGUAGUCUAAUUGCCAACACUAUGGCCCGCAAUCAGAAAGCGGCGGCAAUCGCGACGACGCCGAAGACCAGCACCUGGUAUGACGACAACCAACCGUUUACACUAUUGCCAGAAGAAUCGGAUCUGAUAUCAGCUGGUCUUCAAUUGCCAAAUAAUAAACAAACUAUCCUUAAUAACAAUACUACUACUACUGCUGAUGAUAAUAUUAGCUUAUGUAGCUAUGAUAGUAUACCACUACCUGGCUAUAUGGUUACACAAGUGGAUCAAAUUAAAUUGUUGGUCGAAUCGUAUAUUUCUAUAUUGAAAAAAAAGUUCAAAGAUCAUAUGCCAAAACUUUGUACACUAGAGCUGAUCGAUUCGGCCAAACAGUUCAUAGCCAUCGAAAUGAGGAUUGGUGUCAGAGAUCGGAUCCAAUCGAUUAGCGAUAUUGUCGGCAAUACUGAUGCCGACGAUCAGCUCCGGGAAGAGUUAGAAAAACGACAGCAACACUAUAGAGAGGCCAUUGAUAUACUGUCCCGUUAUCGGGAUAAUUGGUGUCCAACAUCAUCGAUGGCCAGUUUAAGUAUCGACUAAUUUAUUUUUUAUAUAUAUUUGCAUAUCUGAUCAUAUAUUU